AUGACGCGGGGUAUCCUAAUCACUGGCGGGGCGGGUUACGUCGGCUCUCACACGGUAGCCGCCCUCAUAGAGUGGCGAGCCGAGCAAGAUUACGAGAUAGUGGUCGUAGACAAUCUAUCUAACGCCCAUAGAGAGAAUGGCCAAAAGAAACCUGAACCCCUUAGGAUUAUAGAGGAGAUGACAGACAAGACAAUACAGUUUUAUGACGUAGACAUAGGAGACAGAGAUGGACUGAGCAAAAUAUUCGAGAAGCACAGCAUUGAUUGUGUAAUCCACUUUGCGGCGUUGAAAGCAGUCGGGGAGUCAGUGCAGAAGCCCCUCGAGUACUAUCAAGUGAACAUUACUGGGACUUGUACUUUGUUUGAGGUGAUGCGUAAGUACGGGGUGUACAAGCUAGUGUAUAGUUCGUCGUGUACCGUGUACGGGGAGCCCGAGCGGCUGCCCAUAGACGAGGGGCACCCCACCGGCCGCGGCCUCACCAGCCCCUACGGCAGGUCCAAGUACUUCUGCGAGGAGAUCAUGAAGGACUUGUGCACCAGCGAUCAGAAAUGGAUGAUAGUAUCAUUGAGGUAUUUCAACCCAGUGGGCGCCCACAGCAGCGGGAGGAUCGGUGAAGAUCCAGCCGGCACACCGAACAAUCUCAUGCCGUACAUAUCACAGGUGGCGGUGGGGCGCCUGGACGAGUUGCUAGUGUUUGGCGACGACUACCCCACCGCGGACGGCACGGGCGUGCGCGACUACGUACACGUCGCCGAUCUGGCGCAGGGGCACUUGCACGCCGUCCGACUGCUGGCCGACCCGACGUACAAAGGGUUCCAAGCUAUCAAUCUUGGUACAGGUACUGGUUAUUCAGUAUUACAGAUGAUAUCGGCAUUCGAAGCAGCGAGCGGUCGAAAAAUACCAUACAGAAUUGUCGGUAGACGUGCAGGUGACAUAGCUGCGAAUUAUGCGGACGUCUCUCUUGCACAAAAGCUUUUAGGCUGGCGUGCGACAAGGACACUCGAUGAUAUGUGCAGAGACACGUGGCGAUGGCAAAGCAUCAACCCUAACGGUUUUAAAAAGAGUUAGGUAUUGCCAGAGGUACUGAUAGAAUUCUACCAAAUCGUAGUGUUGCUAUUGUAAAAUACUUCUAUUCCCAUUGAGUUUCCGUUUAAAUGUAAUGGAUAUUUUAAAAUAUCAUUUGAUAAAUAGUGUAAUAAGUACAAUCGCUAGAAGCAAACCAAAUUACCCAGUAUUGUAAUGAAUGAUUUCAGAAACGUAUACUUAUAUAGUAAUAGAUAAUAAUAUAUUUAUUAGGUUUUUAUUUCAUCGUAAUCAGUGCCAUUGAAGUACUGUGAAGUUUAUAUUUACCAAAGUUACAAAGUUAUAAUAUUCCUAAUUGUGUUGCCAUAUGUUUUUACUUAUAUAUUUAUUUUUUAUUAAUGAAAACUAAGUUUAGACCAGUGAGCGAAACGAAUUUAUUUAAAAUUAAUACUUGACAUAUUUUAUUUAUUAAAAAAAUUGGAGUAGGUAAAGGACAGUCUGUGUACUAAUUUAUUAUUAUAUUUAGUCUCACAAUUUUCAUACAGAGCCACGGGGACAGAAGAUUCAGGAAUUAUAAUUUUAAUAUUGUGUUUUUCUCUCUGAUAUAAAGAAAAAUAUAUCUAUAAUUAUUAUUUUAUUAUGAAACUAGAAAAGCCUUUCUUGGUAAUAAUGUUCUAUUAAUGAUACUAAACCAUAAGAAACACAUUGUACACCAUUACAGCCGAUUGGUCCUGUAUGUUAAUCUUUCUACUUUUACACUGAUAAACUGGCUGUAUAG